UGACGUCACUGGCUAAGCACCACCCACCGGAAGGAGAGAAUGAAUCUACAGCGUGAGCGGAAGAAGCAAGCAAGCCGGAAAGAGCCGAAGGAGACAACUGCUCCCGCCUCCGCCGCUCCGGAAACUUCCGAGAAAACCCGGAAGAAGCAUGGAAGAUCCGAACAGCGGGAAAUCUUCACCUGCUGUCUGGAACAGAGGGACAGGCAGAAGCUCUAGCUGGAAUUUUUUGCAGUUGGCACAGUAUGGAAGAACAACAAACCACUCGCAGUUUUCUUCUCCUAAUGUUUUUUUCCAUCUGGAGCAAGAUGACAUAUCAGCUGACGAUACCUCUUCAUCAGCAGAGGACGAUUUCGAUUCUGCAGUCUUGUUUGGAAUGCUGAGGGGAAAUGUUGUUGGCUUGCGCUAUUACAGUGGAGUAGUUAAUAAUAAUGAAAUGGUUGCUCUUCAAAGGGAGCCCAACAAUCAAUACGACAGAAAUGCAGUUAAAAUUAAUAAUGUAAAUGGAGAGCAAGUUGGCCACAUCAAGAAAGAACUGGCUGCGGCUUUGGCUCAUAUUAUGGACCAGAAAAUGGCAAAAAUUGAAGGGGUGGUACCCUACGGUGCUCAAAAUGUCUUUACCAUGCCAGUAAAUUUGAGCUUUUGGGGAAGAGCAGAAAAUAAACAGGCUGUUUUAGAUCAUCUGAUAAAACAUGGCUUCAGACUGGGCCCCAUUCCAAACAGCUCACAGCUUGGUUAUGGAUCAUCAAAAUCUAAGUCAGAGAGAGCUGGCCCCAGCUUCAGGGCUCCGACUCUUCCAGCUAUGCAAAUGACUACUGAACAACUAAAAACUGAAUUUGACAAAUUGUUUGAAGAUUUAAAAGAAGAUGACAAAACACAAGAGCUAGAACCUGCAGAGGUGGUAGGAACAAAAUUGCUUUCUCACCAAAAGCAAGCGUUGUCUUGGAUGGUUUCACGCGAGAACACUAAAGAAUUGCCUCCUUUCUGGGAAGAGAGAAAUCAUCUGUAUUACAAUACUCUGACCAAUUUUGCAGAAAAACAAAAGCCAGAGAAUGUGAGAGGAGGGAUUUUGGCAGAUGACAUGGGCCUGGGUAAAACUCUGUCAGUCAUAGCACUUAUCCUUACCAACUUUUAUGAUGGUCGUCCAUUGCCAACUGAAAAAACGAAGCAAGAACAGCAAAUGUCAGUGGAAAGUGAUCUAUCAAAGCCUAAUCUGUCACAAAAACAGUUUAAAGCAGCCAAGAAAAAUGAACGUUCUACAAACAACAAAGAGAAAAGUGAAACUCUGUCCCAAAAAGCAUCAAGCAGUCGGCCUAAAAGGCAGAAAGCCAGCAAAGCUAAAUACACUUACAGUAGUGGUUCUGAAGAGGAUGAAGGGUGGCUUCCAAGAAAAGUGAAAGCUACAGCCCAAUGCACUCUCCAUGAUGAUGAUGAUGAUGCGUUUGCUAAUGCUCUUUCUGGCUUUCCAACUACAGUGAGGAAACAGAAACACAAAAAAGGGGUCACAGUUUCACAGUCCAUUUCAAAGGCUGGACCAGAAGAGCGUCGAAGAACAACGCUUAUAAUAUGCCCAUUAUCUGUGCUGAGUAACUGGAUUGAUCAGUUUGAACAGCAUAUAAAGCCAGAGGUGCAUUUGAAUAUAUAUAUUUAUUAUGGUCCCGAACGUACCAAAGACCCAAAAGUCCUGUCAGAACAAGAUGUUGUAGUAACAACCUACAGUGUCCUCAGUUCUGAUUAUGGAAGCAGAAGUGAGAGCCCUCUGCACAAAGUGAAAUGGCUGCGAGUGGUGUUGGAUGAAGGGCAUACUAUACGAAAUCCAAAUGCACAGCAAACACAAGCGGUACUCAGCCUGGAGGCCCAGAGAAGAUGGAUAUUAACUGGUACUCCUAUUCAGAACUCGCUGAAGGACUUGUGGUCUCUAAUAUGUUUCUUAAAACUAAAACCCUUCACCGAUAGAGAGUGGUGGCACCGAACAAUCCAGCGACCUGUCACCACUGGAGAAGAAGGCGGACUUCGGCGAUUGCAAGCUUUAAUUAAAAAUAUUACUCUGAGGAGAACUAAAACCAGUAAAAUCAGAGGAAGGCCUGUCCUGGAUCUACCAGAGCGUAAAGUGUUCAUCCAGCAUGUGGAGCUUUCAGAGGAAGAAAGAGAAAUCUAUGAGUCUAUGAAGAAUGAAGGCAAGGCUGUUAUUAGCAGGUAUGUCGACGAAGGAACCGUACUCUCACAUUAUGCAGAUGUUUUAGCCGUGCUACUUAGACUCAGACAGCUUUGCUGCCACCCCCAUCUUGUGUCAAGCACUUUAUCUACUAUGGCUUCUACAGCUGACUCCACUCCAGGAGAUGUGCGUGAGAAACUCGUGCAGAAGAUAAAGCUGGUUUUGAGCUCCGGAUCAGAUGAGGAAUGCGCCAUAUGUUUGGAUUCUCUGAACAUGCCAGUUAUUACUUACUGUGCUCACGUAUUUUGUAAACCUUGUAUUUGUCAGGUUAUCCAGCUUAAAAAGCAAGAAGCCAAAUGCCCCCUGUGCAGGGGUUUGUUGCGACUGGAUCAGUUGGUGGAGUGUCCGCAGGAAGACUUGGACAGCAGCAUAAAUAAGAAGCCAGAUCAGAAGUGGAUGUCCAGUACUAAAAUAAGUGCCCUAAUGCACUCGUUGGUGGAGCAGAGAAGGAAGGAUGCUACGAUUAAAAGUAUCGUCGUGUCUCAGUUCACCUCAUUCUUGUCUUUGAUUGAAGUAGCUCUUCGAGAGUCUGGCUUCAUGUUUACACGCUUGGACGGCUCGAUGACACAGAAAAAACGAACCGAAGCAAUUCAGAGCUUCCAGAGGCCAGACGCACAGUCACCAACCAUUAUGCUCUUGUCACUGAAGGCCGGAGGGGUCGGCUUAAACUUGACCGCAGCUUCACGAGUAUUUUUAAUGGAUCCUGCAUGGAAUCCUGCUGCUGAAGAGCAGUGUUUCGAUCGGUGCCACAGGCUGGGCCAGACCAAGGAGGUGAUCAUUACCAAGUUUGUGGUACGGGAUUCGGUGGAAGAAAACAUGCUAAAGAUUCAAAGCAAAAAGAGGCAACUCGCUGCGGGAGCUUUUGGGGCAAAGAAAUCCAGUGCCAGCCAGAUAAAACAAGCGAGAAUUGAAGACAUAAGGACCCUGGUUGAUUUGUGAAGGUCUUGUUACAAAGAACAGUGUUAUUUUAGUAGAAAUCUUAAUUUGUACCAAAAAAUAAAUGGCUUUAUGUUAAACUGUUUUGGAACCUUCAACAUUAAACCCACUAAUAAAGUG